AAGCUGUGGUGCUGCGGGGCCGAGGGCGUCGGCUGCACCGCGAGCGGAACGACCUCGGCCGCCACCACCACGGAGACGAGCGGCACGCCCACGGCGACCAGCACGGCCACCGCCGCCAGCACGAGCGGUACGGCCAGCACGCUGGCGACGGCCAGCACGACCGGUACGGCCAGCACGGCGGCUUCAACCACCUCCCGCACGGCCAGCACGACGGGCACGUCUGGCACAGCUGGCCUGGGCGGCGAGGCCUCAGCCGCCAUCGAGGAGAGUUCCCAGCAUCCCGAGUCCGGCACCACUGGCUGCCACGAGGUGCCUGCGCGGGGUCGGCCGCGCGCGCCUCGCACGCGGGACGGGGCUGCUGCCUGGCUCUCCGGCGCCGCCCUGCUGGUGGGCGCCGCCGUGCGGGCCGCCGUCGAGGCCAAGCCGCUGCGCCGCCUGGCGCGCGGGGCGCUGAGCCUGGGGCUGCUGGUCGCGAGCCUGCGGCGCCGUCUGCCGCUGCGGCGGCCAGGGCGGCGCGUCGGCGAGGGCGCCGACGUCGACGUGCUGCUCGACGUGCUGCUGAUGCGCCUGCUGCUGGACGUGGCCUCGGUCACGGCCGCGCUGAUUUCGGCGUGGGUCAACACGCCUGGGGCCCGCGUUGCCGCUCUCCAGCCCCACUUCGCGGGCAGGCCCGUCGACCGCCUCCGCGCCUGGCUGGACCAGGCGUCCGCCUAA